UAUCUUGUUUAAAAAAAAGAAAAAACUCUAUCUCAUGCACGCAGAUAGAGACGCGAUGACCGGAAUGGCGAUCCCGCCGGUGUUGGCUGGGGCGGGCCUGACUGUGGGGGCAGGGCCGGCGGUGGGGACGGGGCAGAAAAUGUCGGCGUCGAUUGCGAACUUUCUUAGAAUAGCGGAUGUAGCCAAGCGUUUGGCCACGCAUCUUCAACCUGGCAGCGCUAACAACCCCACCGAGUUCUUUCGUCUCUGCCUCUUUCUUGCUAGAGGCAUUGAUUAUGCAGUUGCAAACAAUGAGGUUCCAUCCAAAGCUCUAGAUUUACCUUUAUUAUUGAAACAGGUUUGCCUAUGUAAAAAUGAUCACUUCUUAGAAGCAGCUAUCAUGGUUCUUAUGAUUUCUGUCAAGAAUGCUUGUAAGAUUGGAUGGUUUUCAGAUAAGGACUCUCAAGAACUGUUUACUCUUGCUAAUGAGAUUGGAAACAGCUUUUGUAGUCGAGAUGUUAAUACUGUACUAAGUGACUAUCUUUCGAUUAUCUCAACGGUUAUGUCCAGAUUCUAUCCACUGAUGAAAAUGGGGCAGAUACUUGCUUCUCUUGAAGUUAAGCCUGGAUAUGGAGCAUAUGUAAUUGAUUUUCACAUUUCAAAGAAUAUUGCACAUUCUCAACAGGAAAAAAUAUGGUUGUUUGUGGUACAGGGAGAUAAUACAGAGACAUCUGCAUGUAUUAUCAGUCCGCAACAUGUGAAUUUCCUGUUAAAUGGAAAGGGAGUAGAGGGAAGAACUACUGUUUCAAUGGACACUGGACCACAGAUUCCAACUAAUGUGACAACAAUGCUUAAAUAUGGAACAAAUCUUCUUCAAGCAGUUGGCCAGUUCAAUGGUCAUUAUAUCAUAGCUGUUGUUUUUAUGAGUGUGACACCAUUAUCGGAGACUCCUGUGCUGCUAGAUUAUGUUGAGUCUGAUGUUGCUGCAGCAGAUCCAGAUUCUGAUAUAAUUGAGGGGCCAUCAUGUGUAUCGCUUAAUUGCCCCAUAAGCUAUACACGUAUCAGAACUCCUGUGAAAGGACAUUCAUGCAAACAUCUUCAGUGUUUUGAUUUUAGUAACUUUGUCCAUAUAAAUUCAAGAAGGCCAUCUUGGCGCUGCCCACAUUGUAAUCAGCAUGUCUGCUACUCAGAUAUUCGUGUUGUUCAGAACAUGGUUAAGGUUCUGAAAGAAGUAGGCGAGAAUGUUGCUGAUGUGAUUAUCUCUGCUGAUGGAUCAUGGAAGGCUAUCGUAGAAGGUGAUGACAACGCAGAUCAGACAAGCAAAGGGACUUUUAAUUGCCAGAAAGAAACAAUUGGACAGCAAGAACGUACAACUUUCUCAAAUGCCCUUCCCCUUGUUAUGGAUCUCACAGAGGAUGAUAAUAGGAUGGAUGUUGUGAGCACCAGUGAUAUUGAAGACAGGAAACCUUCUCAAGCAACUCUUCAAAGUCAACCUGUUGCCACUAAUUUAACUAUUCCAAAUGCAGUGGUUCAGAAUGUUGCUAGUCAAGUAGAGGAUGGCUUUUGGUCUGAUGUUUACUUAAAUCAUGGGUCUGGGACCCCCAUUGCUGGGUUAGGGUUGCAAAUGGUCAAUGGCAUGUCUGAGCUCAAUCCUGCAAGUAUUAUGGCAUCCUCUGGGAUAACUGAUGCCUUUUCUCCUGUACUUAACCAUGAUGUUGUGGGUCAUGGAAAUAAUAACCUCACCUCUUUAUUGCAAAAUCAAAUUUCUGCUUCUGCAAAUUUGCGACAGUCACAACUUGUGAAUGCAGCUGUUAACAACGAGUCUGGGAGGUUGAUGCAGAUACCCAGACAUGUGAACAGAGCUCCUAUAGCAGUUCAGGCCCUCCCAGUUCCAUCUCAAACAUCAAUUCAACAACAAAGGUUAAGCACUAAUUUGAAUAGUGCGAUUCCUAAUGGGUCCUCCUUUGCUUCUCAGGCUGCUCUGUCAAAAACACCAACUUCAAAUGGUUUCAACAUGGCUUCCAAUCAUAUGUACAGGCAGCUGCAAAAUCAGAGAUCCCAUACAAAUCCACAUCAAGUGUUGGACAGGACUUCACCCUCAUUGCAGCAUCACUCAACAGUACAGAACCGGAAUCAUCCAGAUGGAUCAUCUGUUGUGGGACAAUCAGUCCAACAGGAUGGUGGCGUUUCAAAUUCUUGUCAACUCCUAGGUGCUAGCAGAGCAUCUUCUGGGCUUUGGAAUGAAUCUCAGAGUUUACGUCAGCAUCAAGCUUUUCGGAUGCCCCAACCCAGGAGUCGAUCUCCAAGCGUAGGUCGAUCAACUUCAGCCCUUCCACUGAGUCAGACCCAGCAAAGAAUUGCACAAGUUGGGGCUGGCAACACUGCUGGUUUUCCAAAUAGCCAACAUUCUAGAUUUACAGCUGCUGCUCAGCUAGCAGUCCAGAUGGCUAGACAGCCACCAUCAGUGCCAGUUCAAAUCCCAACUUCCAGAGGGACUUCAUACUUGAAUACUGAUGGGACUAGGGCACCGGCAAUGAUGCAGGGAGGAAACGUUGGAGCAGCAGCACUAGCGAACACUGGAACUGAUGGUGGUUUGAAUUUGUCAUCAGAGCAGAAUUGGCGGCCUUCAGGACGAAUGCGUGGAAGCCUAUCUGGUCAGGCUGCUACUGCUUAUGGAGACUUGAUAAUUCAGCCUACCCAACCAGCUCCAGCUCCACAACCACGAGUGACCUCAGCCCUACCCAGUGUUCCACCUCCCAUGCAGGCGUUUCUUGCUAACAGCAGGAAUGUUACUCAAGCCCAGAGUAGCACUGAACCUGCUAGUGUGAAUGGGAAUUUGCGUACUCUGACGUGAUUGUUAUAUAUUGAUGCCUUCAACUUACUAAUUGUGCGGAUUGAGGUUGCCCAUGUGGCUGUAUAUAAGAGGAGUGGCCAGUUUUGCAUCAGACGGUUACUGUAAAUUUUUUAAGUAGGAUUAAGGUCGUUCUUGGUUUUUUUUUUUUUUUUUCUCCCUAUUAUUUAUAUUGUUGGUCACUUUGUAAAUUCGCAGUUGCCUUGUUGGUCACAUCAUCUUUUGGUUUGAAGUUGUUUUCGUGGUCGUUGGACUUGGUAAAAUUAUAUGCAUUGGGUCAUCUGAUCUGAGAAUUUAUGUC